AUGGCUAGCAUUCAACUUCGUAAGUUAGAAGAAUAUUUGCAACAAUUAGACGGAUUUGAAAAACCAAAAGUAUUACUUGAACAAUAUUGUACUAGUGCUCAUAUAGCAUCACGCAUGCUGUAUUGUGCUCAAGUACAAUUCAAUGACAUUGAAGGACAUACAGUAGCUGAUUUAGGUUGUGGAUGUGGUAUUCUAUCACUUGGAGCAAAGAUACUUGGAGCAAGUCAUGCGAUUGGUUUUGAAAUAGAUUCUGAUGCACUUAAAAUUCAGUCUCAAAAUUGCAGUGAAAUGGAACUGUUUGUGGAAGCUGUACAGUGCGAUAUACUUCAAUAUUUACCAGGGAGGUUCGAAAAAUACUUUGAUACAGUGAUUAUGAAUCCACCUUUUGGUACAAAACAUAAUGCAGGCACAGAUAUAAAAUUUUUAGAAAUCGCGACCAAAUUAGCAUCAAAUACUGUAUACUCGUUGCAUAAAACAAGUACACGUAAUUACGUUCUUCAAAAAGCUGCACAAUACGGAGCUAAAGGCAAAGUUAUUGCAGAACUGAGAUAUGAUUUACCAAAAGCGUAUAAAUUUCAUAGAAAAACUUCUGUAGAUAUUCAAGUGGAUUUUACACGAUUUGAAUUAAAUUAG